AUGGAGCAACUGUCGACACUCCCCAAAUUCUCAUCACACGGCCAUUUGGACCCCAUCGCAACAUGUUCAAAGGCGAAGACCGUUUACGUUUUCUUGGAAAAUUUGUACCCAUCAGUAAGACUUCCCAACGGUCAAACUCCACAUUGCAGCAAAAGUUACGCCAGCUCAUCUGGCGUUUGGAGCCAGGGAAAGAAAAUUUUCCCGGUCAACUUGAGCGCAAACAAUAACUCCGACACACCCCUCACCGAAGGCCAACUCUACAUAAUCGAAGGCGAAAUCCGCGGUAUUAACUUCAUGCGCGUCCCAAAGUUGACCUGGACAGUCGGCGACGAAAGACGUUCAAAUGUCGACAAACAUCCCUCCAAAUGGCAACGAGUCCGCGUUUCCGGCCUUGGUACAAUCAUUAAAGUUCGAGCCAAAGCUGCCUGGCCGGAAAGCAACGGCACCGUUAUUAGUCUCACCCUAGAUCACGGUGGGGUUUUCCGAGUCCGCUGUGUCUUAGGCUUAACCAACAAGGAGUUCCCUCGCGGAAUGAGUGUAUUUCCUGGAAGUAAGAUUCAUUACAAAGGUCUCCUCGACGGUUUUGGCAGAACAUCCCGACGGAUGAUUGUUGAGGUAACACACGCCACCAUCUCAUCCAAAGACAUCCUCUUCACCGACUCCAACGAAACCGCCAGCUCACUCAACAAUGACUUCUAG